AUGGAUGAACAGAAACUGGCGGAGUCCAUCAACGCACAGAUUGAGCAAGAUAAAGGGAAGCACAGCAAGGGCAAAAAGCACAUCAAUUCGCAGAAAAAUGGAUCGAAAGGCUCGAAAGUGAGUGCAGAACAUAUCGCAGGAGUGCGGGCGCAGCGCGAAGCUACCAAAAAAGCCAAAAGGGACGCAAUGAUCGCCAAAGGUUUGGACCCAGACACUCCGCCAGACUUGCAAUUUAUUCGUAGGCCCAUGUUGUCUUUGGUUCCGAAAGAUUUGCCCAGCCCAGGCUUUUCGUUCCGUCUCAUGACUUACAAUUGCCUGGCCCAAGCCUUAAUUCGGCGUAAAUUGUUCCCCACCAGCGGGAAUGCAUUGAAGUGGUUCAAAAGGUCGCAAGUUCUGCUGCAUGAAUUCAAAUACUAUAACGCUGACGUUCAGUGCCUGCAGGAAGUGGACUACAUUCAGUAUAAGUCCUUCUGGAAGGACGAGUUUUCGAAGUUGGGCUACGACUCACAGUUCCACCGGCAUGGAACCAAAAACCACGGAAUUGCAAUUGUUUGGAAGCGGGAGCUUUUCACAAUGUCGGACAAAAUGCUGGUCGAUUACGACAAGGAGCUCUCGGGCAACAUUUCACCUAGAACAACAACGAAAAACGUGGGUUUGGUAGUGGCAUUGAAUUUUACCCAAAAAGUGCGCGACAGGUUCCCAGAGAGUAAUAGGCGCGGUAUUCUUGUGGGCACAACGCAUCUUUUCUGGCAUCCAUUUGGAACUUUCGAAAGAACUCGCCAGUGCUACGUUCUUCUUGCUAAGAUGAAAGAGUUUGAGCAUCGCGUCAGACUCCUGCAAAAUACCAACGAAGCACAAGGCGAGUGGUCUUCCUUCUUUUGCGGUGACUUCAACUCUCAACCCUUCGAUGCCCCAUAUCUUUCAAUGUCCUCGAAACCCGUCACUUAUACGGGCCGAGCCAAAACGGUCAUUGAGUGCAGCACGUCCUACACUUUUUCCAAGGCUCGUGAUGGCGAAGAAUGUGACGAUGAAGAGGGUGGUAAUAUUGAGAAGUUUGGAGAUGGCCAGCCAGAACAUCCUGUGCCAUCUGAGUUCAACGCUAGCAAAGAACAAAAAGAAUUAGUGGAGAGUAUGGCAGCACUUCAUAACAGCAUGGAAAUGAGGGCUAUUUCUCUUUACUCAGUCGCCUACAAGCACGUCCAUGUUGAAAACGCAGGACUGGACAACGAUUUUGGCGAACCAGAAAUUUCCAAUUGGGCGGAAACCUGGAGGGGUCUUCUUGACUAUAUUUUUGUCAUAAAGAAGUGGGAUUCUACAAAAAGACAAACUCCGGACGAUAUAGACACUUUCCACGCGGAAAAUGGACUGAAAGUCAGAAGCUUGUUAAGAAUGCCUCCUUCGAGGGAAAUGCCUGGCCAUGGACAACCUCAUGAGGGCGAAUACGGAAGCGAUCAUUUGUCCAUGAUGUGUGAACUGGAGCUCACAAUGUAA